AUUAUUAACUUCAAUGAGCGACGCUCAGCCACCGCCCCCUCCUCUGUCUUCAACAGAAUCGCUCAUGAAGCGCUGCAAGCCAAUUUGGCGUGUAUUCUUGAUCUAUAAUUUUGCUUUUGCAGCUUAUCUAUUUUCAAGGCCAAAGAAGAAAGACGGGACUGAGAAUCAUACCAGAAAAGGUCACAAAUUGCAAAAGGAGAAAACUGCUGUUGAAGUUCCUGAACCCCCCACAACCUCAACUUCAAUGGGUUCAAUUUUCGAUGAUGACUCGCUCUAUUUCCCUGUCUCCAUCCCUGAGGAAGUGCGGGCUCCCAUCACUGAUGAGCAACAACGUGAAAUUUUCAAAUGGAUGUUGGAAGAAAAGAGAAAGCUGAAACCCAAGGACCCUGUAGAGAAGAAGCAAAUAGAUGAAGAAAAAGCCAUUCUCAAACAAAUUCUACGUGCUGACACCAUACCGAAGUUUUGAUUCCCACUUCAGUUUUCUAAAUGCUGACAUGUUAAAGCUUCAGCACAAUUGAUAGACCUUGACAAGCUCGGAUUAUUGCACGUUGAAGUCCAUUUUUUUACUGGAUAGCAUCACACUGCAAAUUCAAUUUUUUUUUUACUUUAUUGACAUGGGCAGCCAUUUAGUCUAAUUCACCCGGAUGAAAAUCUCUGGACAUCGUGGGAUGAUUGUAAUGUAACAUCAGUCAGUUAAUGUAACAUCAACACCUUGCAAUUGAUAAUGAGUGCCAUUGUGCCCUACUAUAGGCACUUACC